CCUGCGCGCAUGCUCAGUAAGAGCGCCGCCUCUUUACUCUGCUUCCCCCGUUGUCUGGACCGCGUCCAUCUCUCCAGCGUCAGCAUCAUCUCCAGAAACAGGGCAAAAUGCGUGAGUGUAUCUCCAUCCAUGUUGGACAGGCUGGCGUCCAGAUUGGCAAUGCCUGCUGGGAGCUGUACUGCCUUGAGCAUGGCAUUCAGCCGGAUGGUCAGAUGCCCAGUGACAAGACCAUCGGUGGCGGGGACGACUCCUUCAACACCUUUUUCAGCGAGACAGGAGCUGGCAAGCACGUCCCCAGAGCAGUGUUUGUAGAUCUGGAGCCCACUGUGAUUGACGAGGUUCGCACCGGCACUUACCGCCAGCUGUUCCACCCUGAGCAGCUCAUCACUGGAAAAGAAGAUGCUGCCAACAACUACGCUCGUGGCCAUUACACCAUUGGCAAGGAAAUCAUCGACCUGGUUCUCGACAGGAUCCGCAAACUGGCUGACCAGUGCACUGGUCUCCAGGGCUUCCUGGUGUUCCACAGUUUUGGAGGUGGUACCGGCUCUGGUUUCACCUCCUUGCUGAUGGAGCGCCUCUCCGUGGACUACGGCAAGAAGUCCAAACUGGAGUUCUCCAUCUACCCAGCUCCUCAGGUGUCCACCGCUGUGGUGGAGCCCUACAACUCCAUCCUGACCACCCACACCACCCUCGAGCACUCCGACUGUGCUUUCAUGGUGGACAAUGAGGCCAUCUACGACAUCUGCCGUAGGAACCUCGAUAUCGAGCGUCCUACCUACACCAACCUCAAUAGGCUUAUCGGUCAAAUCGUGUCCUCCAUCACAGCCUCUCUCCGAUUCGAUGGUGCCCUCAAUGUUGAUCUGACUGAGUUCCAGACCAACUUGGUGCCCUACCCUCGUAUCCACUUCCCUCUGGCCACCUAUGCCCCAGUCAUCUCUGCUGAGAAGGCUUACCACGAGCAGCUCUCAGUGGCAGAGAUCACCAAUGCUUGCUUUGAGCCUGCAAAUCAGAUGGUGAAAUGUGACCCACGUCACGGCAAGUACAUGGCCUGCUGCCUGCUGUACCGUGGUGACGUCGUACCCAAAGACGUCAACGCCGCCAUUGCCACCAUCAAGACCAAGCGUUCCAUCCAAUUCGUGGACUGGUGCCCAACUGGUUUCAAGGUUGGUAUCAACUACCAGCCCCCCACUGUGGUCCCUGGCGGUGACCUGGCCAAAGUCCAAAGAGCCGUGUGCAUGCUUAGCAACACCACAGCUAUCGCAGAGGCCUGGGCCAGGCUCGACCACAAGUUCGACCUGAUGUACGCCAAGCGUGCCUUUGUGCACUGGUACGUAGGAGAGGGUAUGGAGGAGGGAGAGUUCUCUGAGGCCAGAGAGGAUAUGGCGGCUCUGGAGAAGGAUUAUGAGGAGGUUGGCGUUGAUUCCGUAGAAGGCGAGGGAGAGGAGGAGGGAGAGGAGUACUAAACGUCCUAAAAUUGUUCCUGUAUGUCUCUCCACAUUGUGUUAGAAAGAACCGAGUAGGGCCUAUUCUUGGGACUGACUGCUGCUGCCAUUGUCACAGCAUGGUGGACAGCAUAUCAGGCAUGAACAGUUCUGGUGGUUUAGGUUCAGUGUAGUCCAAAACUCCUUAAGCAGUAUGUCUAUGAAAGUCAUUGUUAUUUCUCUGGCAUUGUGUAAUCUGUUAUUUGCUGUCAAAACCUGAAUAAAACCAUUCCUAAUAAA